GCUCACACGCAGAUAGAGCUAACAUUAGAGAGAAGCUUCUAGUUAUGUCAGGUUAGUACGUCUCAUUUGAGGCUUUGAACCAGUCCAUAACUCGCGAGUCCACGGACAUGUCCCAAACGGAGGUCAAGCGAGGUAAAGUGUGCUCCAUCUGUGGAGGUGUGAAUGAAUCCUACCACUUGAACUACGGAGCCAGUAGUUGCCUCAGUUGUCGGGCCUUCUUCCGGAGGGCCUUAGGGCGCUCACAGAAUCCCCAACUCAAAUGUAAAAUGGGAGGCAAUUGCGUGAUCACGGUGGAGAACCGCCAUUGCCGCAAAUGUCGGUUUGCCAAGUGUCUGGCGGCGGGGAUGCGGAAGGAUUUGGUGAUGAAUGACGGUGAAAAGGUCCAUCGGUUUAGGAAGUUGCUGAAAACGCAAAGGCUGGUCGAGGAUAAGACCCAAUCACCCAAGGUGGUAAGGUACAAGAAGACCAAACCCGAUGUAAAGCUAAUAGUGGGCCACGAGCCUUGGAACAAGGAAUGGCUGACCAUGGUGGACGCUGAAAUGGAUAUGGCAGAGUUCCAAGAGGCUCUCCAAGGCAGAGGACCUGUCAGUCGAAAGCUCUUGCUAAAACAUCUGGUUCGGAUAAAGUUUGUGGUGAAUGCGUUUUUGGUCAACAGUGAUAUCGCCAAGUCGGAUCAAGGGACUUUAUUUCGAAGCAAUGUGCUGAAGAUCAUUUGCCUGGCUCUGGGACAGGCCUUGAACAAGCACUUCAGUAGCGACGAUAGCAUGCAGUGGAUCCUUUGUGGCAAGCGAUGGCCGAGGGUGGAAGAGGACGAGACCCAGUGUAAGCAAAACCCUCCUGGUAAUCUCGUGACCCUUCUGUCGCCGCCGCCCGAUAUGCUCAAAGGCUUGGAAUUGUCGGUCAAAAAACUGAACCUCUCUCCAGAGAGUUUUGGCACCAUGGUGGUGGCGCUCCUUUUGCAUGAUCAUGAAUCCCUCUUUAUCGAGGACAUCGCCACUGUUGAGGCUCAAUGGCGUCAAGCCCAACUCCAUUUGAAAGGCUUGCGGUGGGAUCAUCUCGCGGAAUGGCUGGAUAGCUUCAAGUCGAACGUAUUGUCAUCAUGGUUCCCGGAGUUGAUCCAUGACGAGAACAACAAGAUCGCAUCGGUUGCAUCAGCUACAUCGUCCGUUGCAAUUGAACUUAAGAUAUCAAAAGAUUUGAAGUUAUUGGAUGAAUCCAUAAGGAGUAUUAGCUACGGAGAAGAAGCCAUGAUGGAAUGUCUCAUGUUCAACUUGGAUGUUCCUUUAACGAGAAGGUUUUACACAAUGAUCGCUCGGAUCUGGUCGGAGCGAUCCUUCGACUUGUUCAGACGCUGUUAUGACAUCCGUGGGAUGACUACCCAACAGCAAAACGCGUGUUUGUCAGCCUUGGAGGCCCCAUCUUUGGCCUUAGUGCAAGCCAUCAUGGAGGCCCUGCCCAAUGGAGAAGAGCAAGUGAAAUUUGCUUGCGGCCACACGGAUGUAGAACUGUUCAUUGAAAAGUACCGAUCUCAAUUACCUGGAAACACUUGGAAGGCUAUGACUGUGCAAUCUAUGAACGCUUAUGAGACCCUGUUUAGUGAAGAGACUCAAAAGGCCGUGCUCAAAUGCACCAACUCAUUAUGUGCAUUUGUGCGCGAUGAAACUACAUUUAGACUCCUUUUGCUCUAUAGCAUUUCAGCAUGUGUCAAUCUAGUUGGCUUCAAUCACGUGAAUGUAUACCUGAGAUAUAUGAAAAAUCAUCUGGCGAAAUUGGGAUUUUCAAAUCCAACCGAAGUCAUGUCCAACUGUAUCGAAAGCACCAACCAAUUGACCCAUGUGAUUUGUCCCACCAUCCGAUAGGGUCCAAUCUCAUGUUCAGUGUGUUUUGUCCAUCAGUCACGAUAGACUUGAUAAUUAGUCAAAUUCUACCUCAUCCUGAUGUGAUUUUUUAGAGAAAAAUACAUAUAUUUAUCUGUUGGCCAUCCAA